AUGAGCCUGCGGCGCCGGGGCACAGUCGCGACGCUGCGAGCGAGCUUCGCCCUCCUCUUCGUCCUGUCGCUCAUGCUGACGUGGUGCAGCAUGCCGCCCAGCAACCUACGCGCCGACACAUCUGCGCCGACGGCCGGCGCGCGGCUCGACGCGACAGAGCCCACUGCGCCAAUCACCAACGAUGUGUACCCGGACGUUGGCUUGCCACCCGACGUGCUCUUGGGGCGUGUCGUGGGCAACGCACUGCCGCCUCGGCACCACCCCAACCGGACUCUCGCCAACAUUCGAUUCAUCUUGGAGCACGAGGACCUCGACGACGCACGCGUUCAGACGCAUUGGGUGCUCAACCGCAUCCUGGACCCGGUGGUUGAGGCCGAUAUCGUUGCCCUCCUCACGCUCUUCCAGGCCAACUACUCGGUCAUUCCGUUUGACGUGCAUGCGUACGCAGCUCAGCCGUUCGCCCUCUUUGACGAAGACGACGGCACGGAUCACUUGCACGCGGACACGGUGCUGGACGCUUGGAACACGAAGCUUCUCGUCUCAAGCAUCUACGACACGAAGAACUUGUAUGCGAUGAGCAUCAACCACGCGCGCAAUGCCAUACUGGACCUCGGGCAUGCGCUUGGUGUGCGCUGGAUUCUUCCAUGGGAUCAAAACUGCUUUCUCACGCGGUCCGCGUGGAAAACGAUCCGCACCGACUUGGACUCAUUCCAAGACGACGCGAGUACCAAGUACGUUGUGACGUGGAUGGAUCGCCUCCGCGUGGAGAAUGACAUUGUCUUGGCGCCAAACUAUACGCCGGACGCCUGGGAAGAGCCGCAGAUCAUCUUUCGCAGCGACGCCGGCGAGCGCUUUGACGAAGCGUUGCGGUAUGGGCGCCGGGACAAGGCUGCGCUUCUCGUGCGUCUGGGUGUGCCGGGUGUGUGGUUUGAGUGGGGGUGGAGUCAGUGGGAGCGAGCGCGUACGCACGAGAAGCCUGCUUUGGACUGCCCAUCGCCGCCGCCAUCCUCCGGCUACGUCGUGCGUCUUUUCUCAGGGAAGGCCAUGUACGAGGGCCAAGCCAACGGAUUCCACCGAGAAAUGGCGCGCGCCGAUGCGGUGACGACGAUGCUUGAGACGUUGGAAGCGCGGGCGAUGGUCGACGCACUGCAGUACACGCCGACGCGCCUGGUACUGUACGAUGUGAGUCGGCUUCAACCGCUGGCGCCGCUGGACUUGGCGCAGGUCCGAGCCAGGGCCGAGCGCGCCAUGCAAUGGAGCAAUCCUGUGGAGUGGUCGAUUUCGGAUCGCUCCAUGUACAGUCCGGACAUGACGAGUGACGCCAUCGAGCGCGAGAUGCGCCGACAGUUUGACGCGUUCGUUGACGCGACGACUGCACUCGUCUUUGGCUACCUCGCGACGCGAGACGACGUGUACGCGACCAAGGCGCUCAUGCUCGUCCACGCAUGGUUCAUUCAAGACAGCACAAAGAUGCAGCCAGUAUCGAGUCUCACGGUGACGCAUUCGCUGCCCGUGCUCUGUGACGCGCUUCGCUUGCUGCAAACGCAGGCGAGCAGCCUCUUUACGACCGGUAUCGCGAUGCAUGUGACGAACUGGAUGAAAGAAUAUCUCUCGACGCUGGUGGACCCCGAGAAGGCUCGGAGCUGGUUUGUUUCGCCCGGCGCAGCUGGAUUGAGCUACGAUAUGCAAGUCGCGAGCCUUUCUGCGUACGUCAACGAUCCGGCGCGAGCCCGGUACCAUCUGCACACGGCGCAGUCGCGGCUCCUCGCACUGUCGGCGGGAGAUGACGCUGUGGAGACAUUGCGCCUUUUUGUACAACUCGCCGCUAUGGGCGUUUCUGCGGGCGUCGACAUGUGGCGAUUUGAGGCGCCGACCAAGCCGAACGUGCUCUGUACCGCCGUGGCGGCGCACGUGGCGUGCUGUGACCCCAACACCGACCACACGUGUACUGCGGCUACGACCAAUGUAUCGACCAUCUAUGCUCGGGGGUGGGACCUUUUGGAUGUCGCGCUGCGGCACUGCGAUGCGUGGAGCGCAGCGUGUCUCCACGUGCGCGACCGUGUGCGAGCGACUGUGGACAAUGCAGCCCACUGGCAAGACCUCGACGUGGCGUGGCUGGCGCACUCGAUACCUCCGUACCCUGCACUAUGGCAAUAGAUAUAUACAUGCUCUGGG